AGAACCAAGAUCUCCGUCUGCUUUGCGGACGCAGCUGGCAGUGGGGCUGUCUCCGGAAGGCGGACGGGCGAACGCCCAGUGCCGGCACUCGGACUCCUGCUCCUUGCCUGCCGCGCUGGUCUGCGUCCGUGACAUCCUUACUCGGGACUCAGUGACCGUUUUUAAAUCACAAGGGCGUGGGUCAGCCUCCCCUAGGACUUCAUGUCUGUAUAUUUCCCCAUUCACUGCCCUGACUAUCUGAGAUCGGCCGAGAUGACUGAGGUGAUGAUGAGCACCCCAUCCAUGGAAGAGAUUGGCCUCAACCCCCGAAAGGAUGGCCUUUCCUAUCAGAUCUUUCCCGACCCGUCAGAUUUCGACCGUUGCUGCAAACUGAAGGACCGUCUGCCCUCUAUAGUGGUGGAGCCCACAGAGGGGGAGGUGGAGAGUGGGGAGCUCCGAUGGCCCCCCGAGGAGUUCCUGGUCCAGGAGGAUGAGCAGGACAACUGUGAAGAGACAGCGCCAGAGAACAAGGAGCAGUAGAGUCCUCGCUGACGCCUGGCAGGUCACAGCAGACAGCAUUUGUACCUGAACUGUGUUCUUUCCCAUUGUGAUGGAAGAAGAGAGUGAGCCACAAGCGUUCUGAAAUGUCAGACAAUGGCUUUCGUUUUUGCACCUGCAAAUCACUGAGUUGGUCUUCUUUUCUUUUCUUUUCUUGAACUGUGUUGGGCUGUGGAGCCCUCUGGGACACUUUGCAAGGCCUUCUGAGAAAGGAAGCUGCUUCGAGCAGGGGUGGGGGGUGGGAAACUGUGCGUCUUUGAGAUCAUUAUCUGAACUCAAGCAACUCGAGGCCGUGGUGGGAUUCCAGUGGGCUCUGGGGGUGGGGGGGCGGGGGGAAUGUGCAUGGCGAACAAGGAACAUUUGAGGUAAGAACACAAACAUGAGAUGAAAGAGAAAAUACACGUUUUAAAGAAAACAUUGAGCAGAGAAGUACAGCCAGGAAGUACUGCUCAGUGAGCAUUCACUCUGGCUGCUGGGGCGUCAGACAACAAAAUCUUCAUCUCUCUCCCGGGCUUCCCCCACCACUAGCCUUUGCUUUUAUUCCAGGUGUGUUGUCUGUUUCAGGGGACGCGGGUAAAGCAGUGCAGUAGAAGCUCACUGCCUGCAAAGCCAGCUGGAGGAGAUGCUCGGGAAAGGAAAAGGCCUCCCAUUCCUUUUCCACGGACCCUCUGCUCUCGGCUCUAGCAGGUUCACAUACCAGCGGUAAUCUGGAGAUUUUCUUUUAAGAGGCAGGGCUUUUGAGCUUCUUUCCCCUGAUUUAUCCUUUUUGCCCCCUAGCCCUUUUGAGAGUAGUGAGAAUACUUCCUGCCCUUGUUGGAGGACCGAGGUGGACGCUUGGACAUGAAGGUUCCUUCCCAAUUGUUCCUCCCAGACUUGCUUUCUGUCUUAGCAGAGCUGGCAGGCAAUCCUCGGCUGGCCCUUCCUUCUCCUUCCCACCCCUCGCCCCCCACCCCCAGGCACAGCCAUCAGGAAAAGGUGGCUCCCAGCCAUGCAGUGGGUUCCAGCCAGCCCGACCAGCCACAGUACCCGCUCCCAUGGGGGCUCUUGGCCUGUUUUUCUGGUGAGAGCUGAGUGGAGACCAGAGGAAGCUUUUUCUGUUUCUUGUGGGGAGGUGAGCUUUACUGCAGGUCCCAAGAGCUGGCAAAGCCUGGGAAUUGUUAGACGAGGGUGAGGAGGCUCGCGUGCAGCAGCCUGGGGAUCAAGUUUAAAACUGAA